UGGAAAUAGUCGCCACAAAGCGAUUCGCCGUGCAUCUAUCGUGUGUCCCGACGUGCGAUUGUCGCGACUCCCGGUCCCCUUGUCGCUCGAUUCGCGACCGCCCCGUGAAAGGGAAACGAGCGACGAUGAUUCCACGCCGCGUGGGUGAUCGCGCCGGUGUAUUUUUCGACGAAUUUUCGCGGCAACGCGUGAUAAAGACCUUAUCGGCGCGAUGGCCUUCGAGACCGUCGGCGAUAUUCUCAUCGUGAAAUUACGCGCGGCUAUAAUGAGAGUUGCGUCCGUGUGCGUGCGUGCGUGUGUGCGCGCUUACCGUCUCGCGACCGCUACGUGAAACUCCUUCGCGGCUCUCGAUUUCCGUUCAUUCCGGCCGCGUUUCUUAUCCGGCUUUCGAGAAGAAAGUGCACGAACCUCUAUGUGUUUUAGUAGCAGAAAUACCGGAACAAUACGCAGCAGAGUGAAUUAUUCAGAACAUUUGCACUAAUCUAAGUGAGUGCAUUCCGUAGCCCGUCACUCCCCACCGCUCGGUCUCGCGAAAGUGCGCGGCUUCGUUCUGAAGAAACACCGAAGAAAGGAGGAUCCACCGAAAAAACCGAGCUCCGCGUCACCAACACAGAGAGCGAAUCGUUUCCCUCUCUUAUUCCCCGAGUGUCAGCUGGGCCCUCGUCGCGACAGCAGAAGAGAAGGCGCGAGAGACGGGAAGCGAGAGCAGAAGAGGAGAAAGGAAGCGAGAGAAGGAAGCACACGAACGUGCGCGCGAGGAGGAGAAAGGGUUUAGUGACCUCGUCGUCAUAAUCCUAAGGAGAAGCAGGAGUAGGACGACGACGACGACGAGGACGAGGACGGCAACGGCAACGACAACGACGACGACGACAACGUGCACGAGCGCGACGACGCCGUGCGCGACGAGACGACGAGGAGUGGCCGAGAAGAAGAAGAGCAAAUUGGUGCUCCCGGUAGCAGGGGCUCAUGAGCAUCGUGGAGGAAACGUUGCGUAACGUGUCGAGGCGCAGCAGGCACGGUAAACGUGGCGGAUCAGCUGGUGCCGCCGCCGAUUGGUCCGCGGCUGGCGCGCGGGGCCCGGCCCAGCUGGCCCCCGUCGCCGCGUCCGGCGCCCCCGCCAGGCCCCAGGACAUCGCGGGCCCGACUAGACGCCAGUCGUCGCGCGAUAGCGUCGACUCCAGCGGCCAGCACACCCCACCCGAUCACGCAGACCUCCUCUUCAAGGUGAUGUUACUUGGGGACAGUGGCGUUGGAAAGACCUGUCUUCUGACGCGUUUUCGCGACGGCCGCUUCCUGUCGGGAAACUACAUAACAACCGUCGGCAUUGACUUUAGGAACAAAGUUGUCACCGUGGACGACACACCGAUCAAGCUGCAAAUCUGGGACACGGCCGGCCAAGAGAGAUUUCGAAGCGUCACGCACGCUUAUUAUCGAGACGCACAUGCGCUUUUGCUGUUAUACGACGUGACAAAUAAGACGAGUUACGACAAUAUCAGGGCUUGGCUGAGCGAAAUCCGGGAACAUGCAAACGAGGAUGUCGUCAUCAUGUUGCUGGGUAACAAAUCCGACUGUGGAACGGAGCGUGUCGUUAAACGGGAGGACGGCGAACGAUUAGCGCAGGAGUACAAAGUGCCGUUCAUGGAAACGUCUGCCAAGACUGGCCUCAAUGUCGAACUGGCAUUCCUCGCAGUUGCUCGGGAGCUGAAGGCCAGAAAAAGCGACAACCCUGACGAAACGAAAUUCAACGUUCAGGACUACGUCCGUCAGCAGUCUCAGCGAAACACUUGCUUCAAUUCCAGCUGCUUGACAACCUGAACCAUUUUUCUUUCCACAUCAAAAUAAGAGGAUACGCGAGCUGGAAUCGCGUUGAUCGUAUAAGAUAUAUAUGGCACGAGUUUCAAGCCAUAUAUACAAGAUUGGAUUUUGAUUUCUGUGUAAGAUGAUUGGUAUAAUUUUCGCAUGCGCGAGACACGCCUGAAUAGAAACUCGAUUCGUAAUAAUUUCAAAUGAAUCGGAAAAUCGAAUAGAAAAACAGUAUUAGCACUUUUUUUUUAAAACAAUACGUUAUUAAGAAGUAUUAUUUUAUUUCGUAGAAUACGAAAUCGAUCGCGCUCUUAAAAGAUUAGAGCCGGUAGAGAGCUGCUCGACCUUUUCAUGUAGUGUCAAAAAGAAAAGUAGAAAGAGAAAAAGAGAGAGAAUGAGAGAGAGAGAGAGAAUAUGAAUCUCGUUAUAAACGUAAACAUGUGUCAAAUGAUUGCUCGCAUUUAAUGUAAUAGUUCUAAGAGAAUAGAGAAUCUCAUGUAUACACGACACACGAGAUACCUCCAUAAAUAAGCCUCUAGCGCUCGAUGGUUCUAAUUUCGCAUACACCAUAUGUCCGCAUAUAUACAGUGACUCGCGAAAUUCAUCAAAUAUUUGGAAAAUUUCAAAAAAGUUUAUUUAGAAAUGCAUUAUCUUGCGCAUGCAUGUAUGUAUCUAUGUGUACGUAUGUGGUAUGUGUUUAUUUUUUUCUCUGAUAAUAUAUACGAGCUACAAAAAUCUCCUUUUAGACGCUCAUUUCUUUCUUCAUAUUUCUUAUUACUUUGUUAAAUUUUAUGAAAAUUUUAAAAUAUUCGAUCAACUUCGCGAGUAACUGUAUGUUAAUGUUAAACGCUCAGCGACGCGCGAUUAUUAAAAGCAAUCGUAAGCGUAAAUUACAGCUUAUACUGGUUGUCGCACGCCCCGACUCUAUAAUCAUUCGUUGCGCUGUUUGCAUAAAGGAGUGCGAUCUUCGAUUUGCAUACAAUGUGCUUGUUACAAGUUAUAUAGCGCGCGUAUUCAUUCAACGUGCGGUUGCAUCUGUCUCUUGGUGACUGCGUAAGUGAACAAAAAUAUCAAUGCGAGCUCAGUCUCUCGGCAUACUAAAUAACAUAGUUGUGAUAUAAUAGUGUCGAAAGAGAGAGAUAGAGAGAGACAGAGAGAGAUUAAAAGUCUAUGCACACUGCACGAAACGUCAUAUUAUCGUCGCAAACUUUCCUAUCUAGAUUUGAUUCUAAUCAGCUCGAGAUUAUAUUUUUGUUUUUAACAUUAAUAUGUUUUCAAUAUAAAAUUUACACGAAUUCAUAAUAAAAUUGCCCGAGAAAA